CAAUAGAUAGGAACGAUCCGGACCGUCUCUUCUUGAAUGAGGCCGGCAUUUGAGCACUUGUCUCCAAUUUAGCUUGGAUGCUCUGACAGCGUGAGAACGAGCAGGAGAGACUGGGAGACAGGGACGGAAUACUGGAUAUUAUUCAUUUACGCCCCGUCUCUCGGAACUGACAUGGGAUGCACGUUAAGUGCGGAGGAGCGCGCAGCUCUGGACCGGAGCAAAGCCAUCGAAAAAAAUCUUAAGGAAGAUGGAAUUACCGCUGCUAAGGAAGUUAAACUGCUGUUACUGGGCGGCGGGGAGUCGGGUAAGAGCACUAUCGUCAAACAAAUGAAGAUUAUCCAUGAAGAUGGUUUCUCUGGUGAUGAUGUAAAGCAGUUUAGACCAGUCGUCUAUAGCAACACUAUUCAGAGUCUGGCCACCAUUCUACGAGCCAUGGAGACUCUAGGUAUAGAGUAUGCAGACAAGGACAGGAUUGCAGAUGGAAAGGUUAUUUUCGAUGUGGUUAGUCGUAUGGAGGACACUGAGCCAUACUCAGCAGAGUUGUUGGCCGCCAUGAUGAGGGUGUGGAGUGAUGCCGGGACUCAGGCCUGCUUCGGCCGCUCACGAGAAUACCAACUGAAUGACUCCGCCCAAUAUUACCUGGACAGUUUGCAGCGAAUCGGAUCACCCGAUUAUCUGCCUACAGAACAGGACAUUUUGAGAACUCGAGUCAAAACAACAGGCAUUGUUGAGACAAACUUCACAUUUAAAAAUCUGAACUUCAGGCUGUUUGAUGUGGGAGGCCAGAGAUCGGAGAGGAAAAAAUGGAUCCACUGUUUUGAAGAUGUUACAGCCAUAAUCUUCUGUGUUGCAUUAAGUGGAUACGAUCAAGUGUUACAUGAGGACGAAACCACAAACCGUAUGCAUGAGUCUCUCAUGCUCUUUGACUCCAUCUGUAAUAAUAAGUUCUUUGUUGACACAUCCAUCAUUCUGUUCCUUAACAAGAAAGAUCUUUUUGGAGAGAAAAUCAAGAAAUCUCCACUGACUAUCUGCUUCCCAGAGUAUACAGGUCCAAACACAUAUGAAGAUGCAGCUGCAUAUAUUCAGGCUCAGUUUGAGAGUAAGAACCGUUCUCCUAAUAAGGAAAUCUACUGUCACCUGACAUGUGCCACAGACACAGGGAAUAUCCAAGUGGUCUUUGAUGCAGUUACAGACAUCAUCAUUGCCAACAACCUGCGUGGGUGUGGUCUGUACUGA